CGCCUUUUGGUUUCCUGUCGGCAGUAAUUCAACUCUGUGCCAUCUUGACUUGCCUGAAGGGUGGAUAAAUUGGUAACUGUACUGAGAAGGGGAGUGAGUUCUCACAGUCUGAUUUGAGCAUAAGGCACGAGAUUGAAUUUAUGAAAGCUUCAGUUGCCUCUGAAGACAACAUCUUCUGUGACUUUGAAUUUUUUCAUUACAUUUGUGGGUUGCUGUUUCUGAGAAGAAUCUGUCAUGACUCUACUGGAACCAGAGAUGUUAAUGAUGGCUGUGCAGUCCGUGCUGCAGUUGAAGCUCCAGCAGCGCCGGACUCGAGAAGAACUGGUGAGCCAAGGGAUCAUGCCGCCUUUGAAAAGUCCAGCUGCGUUUCAUGAGCAGAGAAGGAGCUUGGAGCGGGCCAGGACAGAGGACUAUCUGAAACGGAAGAUUCGUUCCCGGCCGGAGAGAUCGGAGCUGGUCAGGAUGCAUAUUUUGGAAGAGACCUCGGCCGAGCCUUCCCUCCAGGCCAAGCAGCUGAAGCUGAAGAGAGCCAGACUGGCCGAUGACCUCAACGAGAAGAUUGCACAGAGACCGGGCCCUAUGGAGCUGGUUGAGAAGAACAUUCUGCCUGUGGAGUCCAGCCUGAAAGAAGCCAUCAUUGUGGGCCAGGUGAAUUACCCGAAAGUAGCGGACAGCUCUUCCUUCGAUGAGGACAGCAGUGAUGCCUUAUCCCCUGAGCAGCCUGCGAGCCACGAGUCCCAGGGCUCGGCGCCAUCCCCCUUGGAAGCCCGAGUCAGCGAGCCACUGUCCAGUGCCACCACCCUAUCCCCCACUCAGGUGGUGUCUCAGCUCCCAGUGGGCCCGGAUUCCGGAGAAACACUUUUCCUGGCAGAGCAGCCUCCUCUGCCUCCCAGCCUCACCAAUGGAACCACAGCCCCCCCUGCCAAGCCCACCCCGACGCUUAUUAAGCAAAGCCAACCCAAGUCUGCCAGUGAGAAGUCGCAGCGCAGCAAGAAAGCCAAGGAGCUGAAGCCAAAGGUAAAGAAGCUCAAGUAUCACCAGUACAUCCCCCCGGACCAAAAGCAGGACAAGGGGGCGCCCGCCAUGGACUCCUCCUAUGCCAAGAUCCUGCAGCAGCAGCAGCUCUUCCUCCAGCUCCAGAUCCUCAACCAGCAGCAGCAGCAGCACUAUAACUACCAGACCAUCCUGCCCGCCCCGCCAAAGCCCGCAGGUGAGGCUCCGGGAAGCGGCGGGGCCCCCCCGAUACGCAGCCUCUCCACUACCGGUAGCGGCUCCAGCUCGGGUGCUCCUGGUCCCAGUGGGUUGGCACGUCAGAACAGCACCUCACUGACUGGCAAGCCGGGAGCCCUGCCUGCCAACCUGGAUGACAUGAAGGUGGCGGAGCUGAAGCAGGAGCUAAAGCUGCGGUCACUGCCCGUCUCAGGCACCAAGACAGACCUGAUCGAGCGCCUGCGUGCAUACCAGGAACAAGUCAGCCCUGCCCCAGGAGCCCCCAAGGGCCCUGCUGCCCCCUCCAUCUUGCCCAAGGCUGGUGAGGUGGUGGUCGCCUUCCCGGCCACCCGGCUAAGCACGGGGCCUGCCCUGGUGGCAGCGGGCCUGGCCCCGGCUGAGGUGGUGGUGGCCACGGUGACCGGUAAUGGAGUGGUGAAAUUUGGCAGCACGGGCUCUACACCCCCCGUGUCUCCCACCCCCUCAGAGCGCUCACUGCUCAGCACGGGCGAUGAGAACUCCACACCCGGGGACACCUUUGGAGAGAUGGUGACGUCGCCACUGACCCAGCUCACCCUCCAGGCCUCACCGCUACAGAUCCUUGUGAAGGAGGAGGGCCCCCGGCCCGGGUCCUGCUGCCGGAGCCCCGGGGUGCGGGCCGAGCUGGAGGGGCGUGACAAGGACCAGAUGCUGCAGGAAAAGGACAAGCAGAUCGAGGAGCUGACCCGCAUGCUGCGCCAGAAACAGCAGCUCGUGGAGUGGCUGAGGCUGCAGCUGGAGCAGGAGAAGCGGGCGCAGCAGCCCGGCCCCGCCCCCGCCCCCCUCAGCACCCCAGUGAAGCAGGAAAACAGCUUCUCCAGCUGCCAGCUGAGCCGGCAGCCCCCGGGUCCCGCACACCCCUUCAGCCCCAGCCUGGCGGCCCCCACUGCCCACCACGCGGACGCUUGUCCCCUGGUGCCCCCAGCCGUGGUGGUGAAGCAGGAAGCCGUGCUGCCGGAGCCUGAGCCAGCCCCCGCUCCCCAGCUGCUGCUGGGCCCACAGGGCCCCAGCGUCCUCAGGGGGGUCACACCUCCCACCCUCAUCACCGACUCCACAGGGACCCACCUUGUCCUCACCGUGACCAAUAAGAACGUGGACAGCCCCGGCCUGGCCGGCGGGAGCCCCCAGCAGCCCUUGUCCCAGCCUGGUUCUCCGGCAGCCCCUGGCCCACCAGCCCAGAUGGACCCAGAGCACCCAUCACAGCCCCUCUUUGGGACCCCCACUUCUCUGCUGAAGAAGGAGCCGCCUGGCUAUGAGGAAGCUGUGAGCCAGCAGCCCAGACAGCAGGUGAAGAAGGAAAAUGGUUCCUCCAGCCAGCAGAUGGAUGACCUGUUUGACAUUCUUAUUCAGAGUGGAGAAAUCUCAGCAGAUUUCAAGGAGCCACCACCAUCCCUACCAGGGAAAGAGAAGCCCCCCUCGACAGCAACCUGCGGGUCGCCCCUGGCCGCACCGUCCCCACCCUCCGCCGAGCUCCCCCAGGCCACGCCACCUCCCUCAGGCUCACCUGCCCUCCCUGGGCGCCUGGAGGACUUCCUGGAGAGCAGCACAGGGCUGCCCCUGCUGACCAGCGGGCACGAGGGGCCAGAGCCCCUCUCCCUCAUUGACGACCUCCACAGCCAGAUGCUGAGCAGCUCUGCUAUCCUGGACCACCCCCCCUCGCCCAUGGACACCUCGGAAUUGCACUUUGCCCCCGAGCCCAGCAGCGUGGGCCUGGACCUGGCUGACGGCCACUUGGACAGCAUGGACUGGCUGGAGCUGUCGUCGGGAGGCCCCGUGCUCAGCCUGGCCCCGCUCGGCACCACCACCCCCAGCCUCUUCUCCACGGACUUCCUCGAUGGUCAUGACUUGCAACUCCACUGGGAUUCCUGCUUGUAGCUCUCGGGCUGCAGGGCCAGGAUGGGAGGGGCUGGAAGCUGGGGAGAGCCUGAUCCCACCUCUGUGUGGUCGUGAGUCCUGACAAUCACAGGCCCUGCUCUCCCCGCCCCAGGAGACUGGAGCAGGCCGUGCCGCCCCCCCUGGCUCAGACUCACCAAGGAGACAGGCUGCCAAGGAGCAGCUUUGGUCUAACCCCAGAGUUCAGGAGGCCUGGACAGGCCAGGGCCAUUCUAUUGACCUCCUUUUGUGAGGUCGGAGGUGCAGUCUGGCUGCAGUUGGCUCAGGCAGGCGAGGCCCAGGGUCACUCUUUCCUUCUAGUCCCCUUUCCCUAUGAGGGAAGAAACCAGCUUGGGCCUCUACCUCCCCAUUCCCUCGAUGCCAACCCCAGGGUCCCAGGCUUCUGGGAGGGGAGCCCCUUGCCAUUUUAGUGUCUUGGUGUAGUGUAACCAUUUAACGGUUGGUGGCAAACGUUUUCUGUACAGGUGUAUAUACCUCUAUAUUCUAUAUCGCCAUACAUAUAUAUACAUAUAUUUUUGGGGGCUGGGAGGUGGAUUGGAGCUCCCUCCCAUCCUGUGCACAAUAUAGAAGGGCCCAGAGACCACUGCUCCUGGGGUUAGAUGCAGCCUUCGUCAGCCCCAUCACGCGUGUUUGACAUGUAGACACCCUGCCACCGCCUGUGCCCCACCUGUGCCCUGCUCCAUACUUGUGCCACAAGGGCAGAGGUGCCUCCUUGGCCACCCGCCCACGUUCCGUCCCGCUGCCUCAUCGCAGCCACCAUGGCCCUGGGAUGGGAGGUGGCGGGGGGUUGGGGGGGGGGGGGGGGGGCGUCAGCCCUCAAACAGACCUCCUCAGCUCCCUCUGGCCUGUCACUAUCAUUAAUGGGAUUAGGGGUGGAAUCACCAAACCAGUGCCGGGACAGAGGUCGGGAAGCUGUGUGGACUUUUUUAAAAUAAAAACAAAAACACUGA